AUGUCAUCCUACAAUCUGACCUCAAGCCAUCCAAGUGCUUUCUUGUUGAUGGGAAUCCCAGGCCUUGAGCACCUACAUGGCUGGAUCUCCAUCCCCUUCUGCUCAGCAUAUACACUGGCCGUAUUGGGCAACUGCACCCUGCUCCUCAUUAUUUUCUUUGAUUCAGCCCUCCAUGAACCCAUGUAUAUCUUCUUGGCCAUGCUGGCAGGCAUUGACCUGGUCCUCUCCACAUCAACACUCCCCAAAAUGCUUGCCAUAUUCUGGUUCAAAGAUAAGGAGAUCACUUUCUACGCCUGUCUGACUCAGAUGUUCUUUCUCCAUACCUUCUCCAUCAUGGAAUCGGCAGUGCUAUUGGCUAUGGCCUUUGAUCGCUAUGUGGCCAUUUGUAAGCCACUGCACUACAACACAGUGUUGACUGGAUCUCUGAUCAUCAGAAUUGGCAUGGCUGCUGUGAUCCGAGCUGUGACGUUUACGAUUCCACUUCCCUUUCUGCUGAGACGCUUCCAUUAUUGCCGAGGCCGAGUGAUUCUCCAUUGCUACUGUGAGCAUAUGGCUGUGGUAAGGCUGGCCUGCGGAAACACACGCUUUAACAAUGUCUAUGGCAUCGCUGUGGCUGUGGUUAUUGUGGUGCUGGAUCUGCUCUUUGUUAUCUUAUCAUAUAUUUUUAUCCUUCGGGCAGUCCUACAGCUUGCUUCUCAGGAGGCCCGCUACAAGGCGUUUGGGACAUGUGUGUCACAUGUAGGUGCCAUUCUGUCUUUCUACACACCUGUUGUCAUCUCCUCAGUCAUGCAUCGUGUGGCUCGACAGUCUGAACCAUAUGUCCACAUUCUUCUUGCCACUUUUUAUCUGCUUUUCCCACCCAUGGUCAAUCCCAUUAUCUAUGGUGUCAAGACAAAGCAGAUUCGUGAAAGGGUUAUAGGACUCUUUCUGAGAAAGGAAUAA